AUGGGGAAAGAUCCAGGGAUCCGCUGGGAAUAUCAGACCAGGAGGCACAGGGUGCUCCGGCCCUGGGCAGAAGCCAAGAAAGGGAGAGCCCCAGGUGCGGUGGCCACACAGAGACUGGGAGAAUGUAUAGUUGGUCUUGUGACCACAGGCAAGGAAGAAAGACUUCUGAUGUCUGUGAUCCUCAGGUCCACUACUUGUUUAUGUGGUGAAGGCUUAGCGCUUUCCUGUUGCUUGAGACGAGAGGUGCAAAGGCAGCAAGGCAUCCCCACGGAGCCUCUGCAAGGAGAAGAGCUGGGAUCCAUGGAAGAGCCGGGCACGUCUCAGCUGAAAGACCCUGGUCUGGAGAGGAAGAUAAACGGGUGCACUGUUUGUUUUUGUAAGAAGUGCGGCCAGGAAACCACGGUUAGGUUUCCUGGCAAGGCCGAGCCAGCGCAGGCUGUAGCUGCAGGACGACGGUGGCGUGUGGCUUUGCCGCUGCUGCCCAGCUCCCCUAACCUCAGCGCUUGGGCUGAGCUUUGCAGCGCAGGACAGCCCAGCCUGCCUGUGUCCUGCGAUAGACCACUGAUUUUCCGCUGGGGUGGCUCAGCCACGGACGUCGUCCCUGCCCCUUUUGAAGCACCCAAGGGUGUGCUGAGGAAGCAGCCUCCGGCGUCAGCGAGCGUGCAAAGACUCUGCACGCACGCAGCCCUUCAACAGGGAGAGGUAGGUGUGCAAGCUAAAACAACCAAAUGUAUAAGUAAAGGCUGUUUUCUAAACACUGCACAAGGCAACACUGCCCCAACGUCCCUCCUGAGAUUUGAAAGAAGGAGAGUGCAGCGCUGGGGUUCGGCAGCAAGCACACGGGCUGAAGCCAAGCUUUUUACCAGACGGCUGAGCGACAAUCCAGCUGGGCUGCAGGAAUGUGUCACUGGCCUGACAAAUGGAGGAGAACCCAAACCUUUAACGAUCAUGCUACACAGACAAAAUGAUACCUUGGGAUUCAAUAUUAUAGGAGGACGACCCAAUCAGAACCAUCAGGAGGAAUCUUCUGCUGAGGGAAUUUUUGUGUCAAAAAUUUUGGAAAAUGGACCAGCGGACAAAGCAGAAGGCCUGCAAAUUCAUGACAAGAUUAUUGAGAGGAAAGCGGCAGCAAGCAGUGAACAGGACUGCCUGUUAGUCUGUGCUGGCUCAAAGCAUUCCCGCUGCUGCUGGGAGAAAAUAGAAAGUACCUUUUGCUCUCCUGUGUGUUGA